AGAACCACCUGAAUAAAGCACGAUGAUGUUUUUGAGAACCUCGUUCUUUAAUUCUAUUUUACUCCAUUACGUCAUGAGUCAAGAAAUCGAAUAUUAUCCUUCGCAAGCCAAUUCAUUUACAGGAAAGUUAGUUUCUCAAUUAAAGUCGGAACCUUAUAAACAUAAGCAUGAUCUGUAUAAAAGAGAAGCACAAUGGAGAAAAUUUAAUAACAACGAUGAUCCAGAGUUAACAAAAAAUAAAACUCAAAAGAGAGCAGUAGACCCAGUAUUUCAUGGACAUCCAAAAACCAGAGAAGAAUUAUGGAACGAACGCAUUAUCAAUGAAAGUUUGGCUUACGAUCAAACCCCUUCUUUGAUAAGUCUUAUACACAAUAUAACGUUAACUUAUCUAAAUGACUGUAUCCCUAUAAUUCUUUAUGACAGUCAAGUUAAAUCAAAGGAAAGUCACUUGUUUCAGAACUUGCUUAAAGAUUUCCCUAUAGCAUACGUCCAUGGGUACAUUGACGAGAACAAUGAAUUAGCAGAACCUAAACUUGUACGUGCUACAAAAGAGUGUAUCCAUUUUAUUGCUUUCUUGUCUGAUGUGACUAACAGUGCUAAGAUACUGGGUAAGCAGGCGGAAAGCAAAGUGGUUAUAAUUGCCAGGUCCUCCCAAUGGGCCGUGCAGGAGUUCCUAGCUGGGCCACAAUCUAGGUUGUUUAUCAAUUUAAUUGUCAUUGGGCAGAGUUUUAAGGACGGUGAUGAUGAUGCACUAGAAGCGCCUUACAUUUUAUACACCCACAAGCUGUACACCGAUGGUCUCGGAGCCAGUCGUCCCGUCGUGCUGACGUCGUGGUCCCACAGCAAGUUCUCCAGGCAGGUCAAUCUGUUCCCACGCAAGAUGAGAGAGGGCUAUGCGGGACACAGAUUUGUGGUGGCUGCUGCUAACCAACCACCAUAUGUCUUCCGAACUAUAAAAACGGACGCCGAUGGUGGCAACCCAAGAGUCGUGUGGGAUGGAAUUGAAAUAAGGCUCCUUACACUUUUGUCUCAAAUAAAUAACUUUUCAAUAGAAAUUAAGGAACCUCAAGAACUACAUUUGGGACCUGGUGAGUCAGUGCUGAAAGAAAUCACAGGUGGCAGAGCUGACAUAGGGGUUGCUGGUAUUUAUUUGACAAGUGACCGAAUCAGAGAUACAGACAUGAGCUUUUCUCAUUCAUCUGAUUGCGCCGUCUUUGUCACUCUCAUGUCUACAGCGCUACCAAGAUAUCGAGCAAUUUUAGGUCCUUUUCACUGGACUGUCUGGCUGGCACUUACAUUAACGUAUCUCUUUGGCAUAUUCCCUUUAGCGUUUUCUGACAAACAUACUUUAAAACACUUGUUACACAACAGCGGUGAAGUUGAGAAUAUGUUUUGGUAUGUUUUUGGGACAUUUACCAACUGCUUCACUUUUGUUGGAAAGAACUCUUGGAGCAAAACUACGAAGAUAACAACGAGGCUAUUGAUCGGUUGGUACUGGUUGUUCACAAUAAUCAUCACAAGUUGCUACACCGGCUCCAUUAUAGCCUUCGUCACCUUGCCCGUGUUUCCGGAAACGAUUGAUAGCAUUGAACAAUUAUUGGAUGGAUUUUAUCGAGUUGGAACUUUAGAUCGCGGAGGUUGGGAAAAAUGGUUCCUCAAUUCCUCGGACCCUAAAACAAAUAAACUGCUCAAAAAAAUGCAACUAGUAGGAGACGUGCCCUCGGGAAUCAGGAAUACAACAAAAACAUUCUUCUUGCUACCUUUUGCCUUUUUAGGAUCUAGGGCAGAACUGGAAUACAUAAUUCAGUCAAAUUUUACUAAAACCAAAAAAAGCAGAAAGGCUCAGCUUCAUAUUUCCAAUGAAUGUUUCGUACCGUUUGGAGUGUCUUUGACAUUUCCUAAUAAAUCUAUAUACACAUCCAAGCUUAGCAGUGAUAUCGCAAGAAUAUUGCAAAAUGGUUUAGUUGACAAGAUUGAGAAUGACGUUAAGUGGGAAAUGCAGCGAACGCCAUCGGGGAAAUUUUUAUCUGCAGGGUCAGGUACGUUGAAGCUGGGUGCAAUGACAGAGAAGGGAUUAACUUUAGCAGACACCCAGGGCAUGUUCCUCCUUCUGGCCGCUGGUUUCCUACUCGCAGCUGCCGCAUUGAUCUCCGAAUGGAUGGGUGGCUGUUCCAGAAAAUGCCGACCACAAAAGAAGGAAGAUGUACCCUCUAGUGCUUACUCCAGAGAACAUCUGAUACCGACACCAAAGUCUGACGUUGAUUCAGAAAUAAAUGUAAUUUCGGAUAAUGCUGAGAGCAGAUUUCGUCUUAAUCCGAGACCCGACAGUGAAGAUUCUACAGAUAGUUUGGAAGGAGCUAUAAUUAAUGUUACUAAGGAGAGUAUUAUAAUCCACAACAAUUUUCAUGGUUCUACUGAUUGUUGGGAUUCAAGAAGAUCGAGCUCGGUUGACAUUGAUAGAGAAGUUCAAGAGAUUUUUGAAAAGGACGAAACGAGACGAAGAAUUAAAUCUGGAACAGUUCCUUUGUCGGAUAAUCAAAGAGAGGCCACUGCUUCCAAGGGGGCUUUCGGUGAUCAUUUAUCUGACCAUUAGCUAGUAGAUCAUGUUAUAAAAUUGGCCAUGUUGGGCAUAAUUUGACCAAAACUAGAAU